GGCGUCGACGUCGGGCUCGGCUCGCGGCGUUCUCCCCUGGAGUUGUGCGCCCGCGGUCCGGAGCUCGGAACCUGCCCGCGGCUUUCCCGGCUGCGGGGCGAGGAAGGGGGCGACUCCGGCGGCUGGAGGACGACCCGGGGCGCGCGGCGUUUCCCUCGUCAUCCCACACAGCGCCAUGUCCUGGAUGUUUAAGAGGGAUCCAGUUUGGAAGUAUUUGCAGACUGUUCAGUAUGGAGUCCAUGGAAAUUUUGCACGCCUCUCCUAUCCAACGUUUUUCCCACGUUUUGAAUUCCAAGAUAUUAUCCCUCCAGACGACUUCCUAACUAGUGAUGAAGAGCUGGAUUCGGUUUUAUUUGGAACGUUGAGAGGUCACGUGGUCGGACUACGCUACUAUACUGGAGUCGUUAAUAAUAAUGAGAUGGUUGCGUUACAACGAGAGCCUAAUAACGCCUAUGACAAGAAUGCGAUUAAAGUAAAUAAUGUGAAUGGAAAUCAGGUUGGCUAUUUAAAGAAGGAGCUUGCCGCUGCUUUGGCCCAUAUCAUGGACAACAAAUUGGCACAAAUAGAAGGGGUCGUCCCCUUUGGUGCAAACAAUGCUUUUACCAUGCCUCUGCAAAUGACUUUUUGGGGAAAAGAAGAAAACAGAAAAACGGUUUUAGAUCAGUUGAAGAAGCAUGGCUUUAAAUUGGGUCCUGCACCAAAAACAUUAGGAUUCAGUUUGGAAGGUGGCUGGGGCUCUGGGAGAGCUGGACCAAGCUAUAGUAUGCCGGUUCAUGCUGCUGUACAGAUGACAACUGAACAGCUUAAAACAGAAUUUGACAAGUUGUUUGAAGAUUUGAAAGAAGAUGACAAAACUCAUGAAAUGGAGCCAGCUGAGGCUGUGGAAACGCCGUUGCUUCCACAUCAGAAGCAAGCUCUCGCCUGGAUGGUGGCACGGGAAAACAGCACGGAACUUCCGCCGUUCUGGGAACAGCGCAACGACUUAUACUACAACACGAUAACCAACUUUUCCGAGAAAGAUCGACCAGAAAAUGUCCACGGAGGAAUUCUGGCUGAUGAUAUGGGUUUGGGUAAAACUCUUACAGCGAUUGCAGUGAUUCUUACCAAUUUCUAUGAUGGUAAACCUCUUCCUGUGGAAAGAAUGAAAAAGAAUCAGCCUAAGAAGGAAUGCAAUAGCAGUGAAUCUGUGAAAUCUAGAAAAAUUGAUACCAGCAAAAAAAGAGAUGAAUUAAACGAAGAAGCAUCUAGGUGUAAUGACGAACCCAGUAUUUCAGAUGUUAAGAAGAGUGAGUGUCCCACGUCAGAAUUGUCAGGCUCUUGCCCCAAGAGACGGAAAAUUUCUGUCCAGUACAUUGAAAGCAGUGAGUCAGAGGAAGUUGAGAUAAACGAAUUGCCCCAGAAAGUGAAAGGAAAACUGAAAAAUACACAAUCAGAAACUAAAAGGGUAAGAGCAGGGACUUCUAAGGUUAAAGAAGAUGCAGCAUUCGCAAGUGCCCUUGGUGUAUCUACUCCUACACUGAAGAGAAAAAUGUUGAAGAAAGCAUCAUCGGUGGUGGAGGGUUCAAAGAAAUCUGAUGUUGAGGAGAGAGCAAGAACCACGCUGAUCAUCUGUCCACUUUCGGUGCUGAGCAACUGGAUUGACCAGUUUGGACAACAUAUAAAAUCAGAUGUGCACUUGAAUUUCUAUGUUUAUUAUGGCCCUGAUCGUAUCAGAGAUCCAGCCUUGCUUUCAAAACAGGAUAUUGUUUUGACUACAUACAAUAUCUUAACUCAUGACUAUGGCACUAAAGGUGAUAGUCCAUUACAUAGCAUAAGGUGGCUGAGAGUGAUCUUGGACGAAGGACAUGCCAUUCGAAAUCCAAAUGCCCAGCAAACCAAAGCUGUGCUUGAUUUAGAAGCAGAAAGAAAAUGGGUGUUGACAGGUACUCCGAUCCAGAAUUCUUUAAAGGACUUGUGGUCUCUUCUUUCUUUUUUAAAACUGAAACCAUUUGUGGAUAGAGAAUGGUGGCACAGAACAAUCCAGCGUCCUGUCACGAUGGGAGACGAAGGAGGACUCAGGCGUUUACAGUCCUUAAUUAAAAAUAUUACACUUAGAAGAACAAAGACAAGCAAAAUUAAAGGAAAACCUGUUUUGGAGUUACCAGAACGUAAAGUAUUUAUUCAGCAUAUUACACUUUCAGAUGAAGAAAGAAAGAUUUAUCAGUCUGUGAAAAAUGAAGGCAAAGCUACUAUUGGAAGAUACUUUAAUGAAGGGACUGUCCUCGCGCAUUAUGCAGAUGUCCUGGGUCUUCUGCUUAGACUGCGGCAGAUUUGUUGCCAUACUCACCUUCUCACAAGCACGACGUCUCCCAGCGGGCCCUCGGCCUUUCCUGCAGGAAAUGAUACCCCUGAGGAGCUGCGGACGAAGUUAAUCAGGAAGAUGAAGUUGAUUCUGAGCUCAGGUUCAGAUGAAGAAUGUGCUAUUUGCUUGGAUUCUUUAACCGUUCCUGUGAUAACACACUGUGCACAUGUGUUUUGUAAACCUUGUAUCUGCCAAGUCAUUCAGAAUGAGCAGCCCCAUGCAAAAUGCCCUUUGUGCAGAAAUGAUCUACACGGAGACAAUUUGUUAGAAUGUCCGCCGGAAGAGUUGGCAUGUGACACCGAGAAAAAGUCUAACGUGGAGUGGACGUCCAGUUCAAAGAUUAACGCUCUAAUGCACGCAUUAAUUGACUUAAGAACAAAGAAUCCCAACAUUAAAAGUUUAGUUGUUUCUCAGUUUACAACAUUCCUGUCUUUAAUAGAAACUGCACUGAAAGCCUCUGGAUUUGUGUUUACGCGUUUGGAUGGUUCCAUGGCCCAAAAGAAAAGAGUUGAAUCAAUUCAAUGUUUUCAAAACACUGAAGCCGGAUCGCCAACCAUAAUGCUCCUAUCUUUAAAAGCAGGUGGAGUUGGUCUGAAUCUUUGUGCAGCAUCUCGAGUGUUUUUAAUGGAUCCAGCCUGGAACCCUGCCGCUGAAGAUCAGUGCUUUGACAGAUGUCACAGACUUGGCCAGAAGCAAGAAGUUAUCAUCACAAAAUUCAUUGUGAAGGAUUCUGUUGAAGAAAACAUGCUGAAAAUACAAAAUACAAAGAGGGAACUUGCAGCUGGAGCCUUCGGAACUAAAAAAAAUGCUAAUGAAAUGAAACAAGCAAAAAUUAAUGAAAUCAGAACUUUAAUAGACUUAUAAUGUGAGAUUUUAGUAAGUCAGUAGCAUCAGCUACACCAGUUUUGGAAAGGAAAAAAAUCAGAGGGUUAGAAAUGAGAUGUAGAGAGUGUGUUCUGCAAGAGGUGUAUUAUUUUGUAUUAGUGAAGAGAUAUUACUGGUAUGUUAUCUCUUUAAAUGUAUAUAUGAGCUAUUUUUAAUGAUACUUUAAAUAGCAAUAAGUUCCAUUAUAUACUGUGGCCUACAAUAAUUUUUGAGAAGAAAAGUUACUUUGUUAUUCAGCUUUUCAUAGUAUCUCUGCUGAGUAUUUUCAUACAUCUUCUAGGUACUCAGCUUUUUCAUAUUUCAAGCAAGGUCAGUCCUUUUCUACUAUGACCAGUAAGGAGUUAUUUUCUAUGUUAGACACAUUUGGUAAUUCACCAGAGCUUGCGAUUGGUUAAGCAGCGAGUUCACAGUUCUUGUACACAAAACAUACACAGACUACAUGAGAGACUGAUCUUGUUGGCUUUUCAAAAACCUUAUUUGCAUUCAUUCCAAAACCAAACCUUGAAUGAGAGACCAAAGUCCCAGGUACUUGAACUUUGUUCUAUGUAUAUAUUUUUUUUACGGCUUCAUCGGCUGAUUCACACGAUGUGACGUGUUCCUGAAGGAAGUAGGGACUGUAGUGUAGCACUGUUUUUUACAUUGUCGUCAAGUGGUUCUACACUCACCGCUAGUUAACUUGAUGUGAACAGCUUGCAGAUACAACCUAUGGUGAUGAGGGAACCAGUUCUACCCAGUUCAAUUUGAAUAUUAAAAUUAUGGAAUUGCUAAAUAGAUAUUUCUAUAGAUAGAUACUUUUUAUUUAUGUAGCUUUUCUUGGAAAUAACUUUAUAAAUUUUUAUAAUUCAGAAGACUACUAUAUAUGAGAGGCAGGUUGGGCUAGGUGACCCUCAAAGUUGUUAAAACUCCUAAAGAUACCUUAAUCUUGAAUGUACAGAUUUGUUAUGUGUGCAUAGAAUCAGAAUUUUAUCUUGGAACAUUAGCAGCUCACCCGUACAUUUAUCUGUUGAACUAAGCCAUCUUUUUGGCUAAUUAAGCAAACUCAAAGUAGUAGUCACAGAAGUGUAGAUAAUGAGUCCUGUUUAAAACAAAGAAGCUAGAAAUCAGGAAGUCAGUGGUUUGAUUUCCUUAAGGGAAACUUUAUAAUCCAAAGAAUGAAGAUACUGAUUACCCGAGCAAGAGAAGCUCGAGGCUUGAUGUCGACUUGAGCACACCUGACACUUAGCAUUAGAAGUGACGUGACUGAAGGGAAGAUGGCACGCAGUGUGGUGUUAGGAUGCAUGCAUCUGAAGGGCACGGCAGCGCCCAAGGCCUCCCUCCCCCUGUGCCUUCUGCUGCUGCGAGGGAAGAGUGCAUUGGGCAGCAGGAACCCCACCUUGUCUCGGUGGGAGCAGACGUUCCAGUGUUUCUGUGGGGACGUGAGGGAUACAGCUGAGGUAGUCUGCUCGUGCUAGGAGCAGUGGGGAAAUUCUUGAUCAUCUAGCAUUACAAAAAAGAAAAAAUCAGGUUGAUCAAAAUCUGAUGCAGCAGGGUUUGAGUCCGGUAGAUACCAGGAUUCCAGUGAGAUUAAGCAAAAGUCUAUUCUUGCUCACAGAAGCAAAGCCUUAUCAACUCACUCACUGCAAAGGGAAAAACAACUUCUUUCUUUACCUGUAAAAUUUCAGUUAUGUUUAUAAACUCCUGGUAAUUUAGGCAAGUCAUAUCUUUUUGUAUAGUUCUAUUAAAAUGCUAUUAAGUGCAAAAAUUUAAUUCAUCCUAAGAAAAUACAUAAACCACUGGAAUGAAAACUUUACAUUAUGUUAUGCUGGUAAUUAUGUAGAAUAAUAGCCUUAGGAAUGUACUUACAGCCUUAUAAUCCUACCUGUGGUUCAAACUGCAUUUUGUGGUUCAUUGGUUCAACUGGAUUUUAUUUAAAAGUCAAUAAAAACUUCAAAAACCUA